AUGAGUGAGUUUUCGACAGAACCUAAAGAUUUGCCGACAAUCGAGGCUGUUGAUAUCACAAAGUAUCUGGCCCUUCAGACAUCCUACUACACCAACCUGCAGAUGAAAGUCUAUAAAAGUCUGGAAGCAUAUCAUUUUUUUGUCAGCGGUUGGGUCCACAGCCUCGGUACCAAACGGCUCCACGAUGAUUAUCGUUUGGUCUACAAUUCCACUAUUGUGAGCAUCAUUGUUAUUCACAGGAACCUCCAUGAGCCUAUGUACAUGUUCAUUGCUGCUUUGUUGGUUAACUCUGUUCUUUAUAGCACCAAUAUCUACCCCAGGCUUCUGCUGGACUUUCUAUCAGAGAAACAGGUCAUAUCGUAUCAAGCCUGUCUGUUUCAAAAUGUGAUGUAUAUGACUUUGACCUUUUCGGAGUUUUCCCUGUUGGCAGUCAUGUCCUAUGACAGAUACGUGUCUAUAUGUAAACCUCUGCAAUAUCCAACCAUCAUGAGAAGAAGUACUGUUAAUGCCUGUCUGGUUUUAUCUUGGCUUCUGCCGUCUUGUGAGACAGCAGUGGGAUUUUUUCUCUUUUCUAAAAGCAAACUCUGCCGAUUUACUUUAAGGGGGAUUUUUUGUAACAACUCAAUUUACAAUCUUCAGUGUGUGAGCUCGAGCGCUCUAUCUGUUUAUGGAGUGUUCAUGUUGCUUAAUGUGUCACUCCUGCCUCUUGUCUUCAUACUGUUUACAUACACCAGGAUCCUGAUAAUCUCAUAUCAACAUGGCAGAGAAUACAGGAGGAAAGCGGCACAGACCUGCUUACCCCAUCUGUUGGUUUUAAUCAGCCUUUCCUGUUUUUUAACCUUUGAUGUCAUCAUAGUUCAUCUUGGAUUUCAUAUUCCUAAAACAACUCGUUUGAUAUUGACUUUACAAGCAAUUUCGUAUAACUCCCUUUUUAAACCGAUCAUAUACGGACUAAAAAUGACAGAAAUAUUUAACCACCUGAAGAUGUUGCUGUGUCAGAUUAAAUCCAAUUAA